UAUAUGGUUCAAAUGAAACAAACACAAUAUAAAAUUUCAUUUCAUCAGAUUCGUCCGAUUCCAAACGACGUCGAUUUCCAUAGUCUUAUGGACCUUAUCAUCUGCGGCCCGAUUUCAAGUUUUUCACUUCAGUCUUUCCUUUCCUUCCCUCUCCUCUCGUAGCUGUUCAUGGCGGGCAAAUCUUUAAACCAGAGUGUUCUUGAGCAGCUGAGGAAUGGAACUGCGAAGUUCGAGCUUGUCUCUACGCCAGUUGCUUCAAUUUCAAAUCCAAGCUCCCAAAAAACAUGCACCACGGCGUCGUUCCAUAGAGAUAUCAGUCGAUUAUUCUUCGCCAGAAUCGGACCGCCACUAGGCAAUGGAGGACCUGCAAUGAAGAAAGUUGAGCGUUAUUCAGUUCAAAAGGUUACUGGUGAUGGGCGCUGUCUAUUUAGAGCACUGGUUAAAGGGAUGGCUUUAAACAAGGGUGUCUCUCUUAACUCACGCCAAGAGAGAGAUGAUGCAGAUGAAUUACGAAUGGCUGUAAAGGAGGUUAUAUGUGAUAAUGGUAGUGAACGGCGACAGUUUGAAGAGGCAUUGAUCACAAUCACAGUUGACGAGUCUUUGAAACGUUACUGCCAGCGCAUUAACAGAUCUGAUUUCUGGGGAGGGGAGUCAGAACUUCUGGUGUUGUCAAAAUUGUGUCGUCAGCCCGUCAUUGUUUACAUACCAGAGCACGAGCAUAAAAGGGGUGGAGGGGGCACUGGUUUUAUUCCGAUUGCAGAGUAUGGAGCUGAGUUUCUCAGAGUUUCGAUAAAAGCAAAGCCUAGGAAAGUUGUUAGGCUCCUGUACAGUGGUAGAAACCAUUAUGAUCUGCUUAUCUGAGAUGCAAACCAUGACAGGAGGAAAUUAAUAGUGACCCCACCCUUCCCUACCAAGAAAGGAGAUGCAGAUGCUUAUGUCAUCCCCAAUUUUGUAUUCCAAGCUGUAAAAUUUUGCAGACUUUCUAAAAAUAUCCAAAGAUAUAUUGAAGGCAUGAAUUAAGCUUUCAGUUAUACCGUAAUAUGAGUACUGUAAUAUCAAACAUGUGAGUUUUAUACUACCAACCCUUUCCAUGAUCA